CACAAAAAGCGAAUAUUACAAGAAAAAAGGUGCCAUGAUUAAAAUCUACGCCAUCGUCUAUAAACAUCUAAAUGUAAGUUCAUGUAAAGUACAGUAGGAUGAACCGACACGUGCGUAUGUAUAUGUAUAGCCCGUUACCCAAUGUAUACAUCUUGAUUGAUUUGGUUCAGGUGUUUACAGAUCCAAGUAGGCGCAUGCGCUGCGAGAAUUUUGCUUUCAUUUGCCUCGCCUCUUUUUUUUUGUUUCUGCUCCGGAGGGAUUCGACUGUUGAAAAUGGGUCGUGAAGAUUGCGUGAUCGUUCGGAGACCACCAACGAACCCACGUGAGCCCUAUAGCGCCUGUUUGGAAGCACCUUGCCUACACCGUAGAGACGGUUUGUUUGGGCCGAUUCCCGCGAGCACAGCGCUUAUAGCCUAUAGCUCAUGCUCCCACUCAAGUUAACCGCUGGAGACUAUGCAAGCUGCUAUAAGCGCUCCGUUGCUGAAACAUUUCAGUUGCGCUCAAAAUUUUAGUUGACUUCAAGGAAAUGUUUGCGUGUGACCGGAGACGAAGAUGGAAGACCACGUUUUCAUAUCAAGUUGGUAAAAGUCUGGCCGUUUGGUGUUGACGAAACCUGACCAGUCUCGAAAAAAGUUUGAAUUGAAAAUACACAGUUUAAUCAAGCAAUACUUCACUUAUUUAACACAGAAAGAAAUCAGAAGCAAAAUGAACUGCAUGACAGUCGUACGUUUUACGAAUACGUGAAAGUAUAAUAAUUAAUAUAAUUCGAUACCUUUACGUGUGAAAGGGAAAGUGUUAGAAAAAAGGAUGAAAAAGCAAAUGGAUAAAUUUCCUAGAUCGAUAAGUAGUUGUUAAAAGACAUUACAAUAGUAAUAAUGUUUCCAUUACUCCACAUACUGUCCAUAUGAAUAUACCUUGACCGUAUCCCUGAUAAGGUAAUGCUUGGCACAGGCGGUGCCAUCUGGCGGCCGCAAUCGCCAUGAGCUGAAGAUGACCAGCAGAUGGGGUACCAGUUACCUGGGUCAAGACAAGCCUCUCAGCGCCCUCACCAGCCAUGAAGGGAGCAGGCACGAGUACUACGCCCAGCCGCAGGACAUGGCAUCCUACAAGGACCGCUCUGCGGAUCACAGUCCAGCGCCAGACAGGGGCCGUCAGGAAAAGGAGGGAGUGGCCCUGCUCUGGGUCUUCAGGGUGGUACACCUCACGGACGUCACCUUGGAGUCCUUCAUCAGGAGUCAGGGCGUCGAGGUCCUGCAGGUAGAGGAAGUGUCCCCUAGAGGGGCAGCUUACAAGUCCUUCCUGGUCACAGUCCACGAGAAAGAUGCCCCCACGUUACUGCACAAGACCUUCUGGCCAGGGCUGGUGUCGUGCAAGUAUUGGCAUGAGCAGGUGGAGGCCAGCAAGGGAGCCACCCUCAGCAGGCGCUCCUCAGCCAGGAGCAACCGGAAAACAACUCUGGCACUAGAGAGAGAAAGGGUAGCGGAGCAGAGGAAGAAGAGUGAUGGAGAGCGACCCCCUCAAAUCCUACCGCCCCUCCAGAAGGUCAGCCCAAAGUCCAAGACGGCCAAGAGUCUAAGAAGACUCAAAACGAGCAACAACAAUCCAGGUCAAACCAAGAAGACCGCCAGGAAACCCAAGAAGAGCAUCUCUCGAGGAGCCGUUCCCAGCGGUAAAAUCACGAAGAAGAAAGCAGAGAGCAGGCGAGGAAGUCUCGCCAAAAAUGUUGGCAGCAAUGACGCACAAGGCUCCAACCGUAAAAGCAGUAAGAAGGAAAAGGGCAAUAAAAAGGAAAAGAGCAAGAACCCAGAUGAUAAAGGGCCGAAGGAGAGAAAAAAGAAGAAAAAGGUCAAAGGUUCUUCCGGUGAGGGCAAGGCAGAGAAAGAGCAGACGACAGCCAAAGAUGACAGCAGAGUGAAAGACCCGGCCCCUUCAAAGAAGAGAAGCAGCGAUGCAAAAGCCAGAGAAAAUAUCAAGGUCAGAGACACAGGAAAAGAAAGAGGCGCCAAAGGCAGCGGUACGACUCUUGGUAAACGUCAAGAUGAUGCCAAGGAAAACCGUGGCAAGCAAAAGACUGUGACAAGUGGUGAAAACGAGAAUAAAAAUAGAGAGAGCAGAAAUCCAAGAAAUGAGGGUAAACAAGGAGCAGUGAAUGUAGAAAGAGAAAACAAACCUGGACAAGGCAAAAAUAGUGGAGACAAGAACAAAGGCAAGUCACAAACAGAGCGUAAAAGUACCGGGAAGAAACAAAAACCGGAUUCUGGUCAUCCUAACGAGAGGCCAUCGAACAACGAGCCUAAAGAAAGACAAAACAAAGACCACAGUGACAGACGAGCUCCACUGUCUGAAAUCACAGUCGAGGUAAGUGUGAAAGAAGCUCUCACGAAAGAUCCUGACAGAAGGUCCAUCGGUGAGAAAGACAGAAGUUCGAGAAUCAGAGCUGUCGCUGACGGAUCACACUCUGGAAGAGGUUAUUUGUACACCCAAGAGACAGAAAAGGACAGCAAUAGACAAGGUUACUUACUUCCUGAAAUACCUGUCAAAUCUCCCAGCUUCUCCGUCGCCUCUACGCCAAGUUCCCAAGGGAGGCCGAAGGAGUCGGCUUCCGGUUACGCCAGUCCUCUCCCAGACAUCAACCAACACCGGUCCAAUGCUCAAGCGGGAACCAAAAGACAUCCGAACUGGGUCGUCCCUCUGAGCGGCCUCUUGAUUCUCUCUUCGGAGGAAGUUGUGUACGCGCUGCUCGGUAAUGACUUCGACGGCCUCCUCACCCAGGACGUCAUUUCUGACGACGAGCUCUUCCUGGGGGUUAAGGUUCUGGCCCACGCCUCGCGGGCCAAAGUGAGAGAGGAGGACCUGGUUCAACUCGUCCGUAAAAUUUGGCAGCCUCAUGUCAUCCGCUUGAUCAAGACAUUCACGGUGACCGUGGAGAGACUCUACCCCGAGAGAGCAGAGAGAUACUUCUGGGAUCUCGCUGAGUUUCUAGACUUGUACGUGAGCAGGGACAUGCACAUUGACCAAAUGCCCAAUCUCAUUGACACGUGCUACAUGGAAGUUCUGGCGCUGAGUUACAAGUCUUUCCUCUCCGAUCAGAUUGUUAAAGUAUUUAGCGUGAUGCAGAGUCAGACGAAGGAGAAGGGAAAACACUAAAAACAUGACACGAAUGUCAUUUCUAUUUUUUUUAAUCACCAGUUAAGUGCCUUACCCACAUUCAACAUAGGAAUAUAACUGAAAAAUAAAUAAUAAUUGACAA